UGAUAUCGAAGUUGAACAUGGUGGCUGUGCGAUUGUAAAUUGUGAUGAUCUGUCAAAGUGGUUAGAAAAUUAGAUUAUCAGUUUUACGAAUGAGUCAAUAAAGUUAAAAGAAAAUAUACUCGCAUUAUUUUUUGUGAUAAAAUAAACCGAUCAUGUUGUCGGCGGCAGCAAAUACGAUGUCAAACAACGGUGGCUCCUACAGUAAUGACAGGCCAAGUAGUGCUGGGGAACCAGAGUUAGCAACCGAUGUUGCCUAUGGAGGAUUUUUUCACUCCGAUUAUAAAAAACAUGAAGAUUUGAAACAAAUGCUUGACAGCAAUAAAGACAGCCUCAAGCUAGAGGCUAUGAAACGAAUUAUCGGGAUGGUGGCCAAAGGACGGGAUGCAUCCGAGCUUUUUCCAGCAGUUGUAAAAAAUGUGGUAUCAAAGAAUAUCGAGGUAAAAAAGUUGGUGUAUGUAUAUUUGGUUCGGUAUGCUGAAGACCAACAGGACCUGGCCUUACUGUCGAUAUCUACGUUCCAAAGGGCUCUAAAAGACCCUAAUCAAUUAAUAAGAGCAAGUGCCUUGAGAGUUUUAUCAAGCAUCAGAGUUUCUAUGAUUGUUCCUAUCGUCAUGCUAGCAAUCAAAGAUUCUGCCAGUGACAUGUCGCCGUAUGUCAGGAAAACAGCUGCGCAUGCUAUACCAAAGCUUUAUUCAUUAGAUCCUGAGCAAAAAGAGGAACUUAUCGGUGUUCUAGAGAAAUUAUUAUCUGAUAAAACAACUCUUGUUGUCGGAUCUGCCGUAAUGGCAUUCGAGGAAGUUUGCCCAGAGAGAAUCGAUUUGAUUCAUAAGAAUUACAGAAAGCUGUGCAAUCUUCUUGUUGACGUUGACGAAUGGGGUCAGGUCGUCAUUGUGAAUAUGCUCACUAGAUAUGCGAGAACUCAGUUUAUCAAUCCUAAUUUAGAUGAUCUCGUAGAAGAUGAAAACCGUCCAUUUUAUGACUCAGAUUCAGACUCAUCGAAUUCAAAAAAACCCAAGUUUUCCUUGGAUCCUGAUCAUCGUCUACUUCUUAGGAACACUAAGCCACUUUUGCAGAGCAGAAAUGCUUCUGUAGUUAUGGCUGUAGCGCAGCUUUACCAUCACGCUGCGCCUAGAAGUGAAGUUAUGAUCGCCGCAAAGGCUUUGAUCAGAUUAUUGCGCAGUCACAGAGAGGUUCAGAGCAUUGUUCUUCACUGUAUUGCCAGCAUAUCCAUCUCUAGAAAAGGAAUGUUCGAGCCUUUUCUGAAAUCAUUUUUCGUCAGAACUUCUGAUCCAACUCACAUAAAGUUACUAAAACUCGACAUCCUUACAAAUCUAGCAACAGAAACCAGCAUUGGUGUCAUACUCAGAGAAUUUCAGACCUAUAUUUCAAGUAGCGACAAAGAAUUUGUUGGUGCUAGUAUCCAAGCUAUCGGUAGAUGUGCUAGUAAUAUCAAGGAAGUCACUGAUACCUGUCUUACCGGACUAGUGUCAUUGCUCAGCAACAGAGAUGAAGCUGUGGUGGCAGAGAGUGUAGUGGUGAUAAAAAAGUUACUUCAGACCCAGCCAAAUGAACACAAGGAAAUAAUUGCGCAUAUGGCAAAAUUAAUGGACUUUAUAACGGUGCCUCAAGCGCGGGCUUCAAUCCUGUGGCUCCUAGGAGAAUAUUCCGAUAGAGUGCCCAAAAUAGCACCUGACGUUCUCAGGAAAAUGGCAAAAAGCUUCAUGAAUGAACAGGAUAUAGUGAAGCUACAGACUUUGAAUUUGGCAGUUAAAUUAUUUUUAUCUAAUCCGAACCAGACUAAAUUACUCUGUCAGUACGUCUUCCAGCUGGCAAAGUAUGAUCAGAAUUAUGACAUAAGAGACAGAGCACGAUUUCUUAAGCACUUCAUAUUCAAUCAGGAAGGCGGGACUGAAACAAAGCUCUCGCAGUACGCAAAGAAAAUAUUCCUUGCACCCAAACCGGCACCUAUGCUUGAGUCCAGGUUCAAAGACUCCCAGUUUCAACUUGGUACCUUGUCUCACUAUCUUGAUACCCCAUGUGUUGGUCAUCACAUCUUGCCUCCGUUUCCUGAAGUUGCUCCCGAUCCCUCAGUCAGAGACGUUGCAGAGCCGGUCAGUGCACACGAAAUGAAAGAUGAGAGACAUCAUAGCAGGAAAGAUAAGAGAGAAAAAAAAGGCAAGGAGAAGGAAAAUAGCUUUUAUAGUGAAGAUGAGAGCAGCGCUGCAGAAGAUUCUGAAAGCGAAGAUGAAUCUUCUGAUUCCUCAGACAGUUCAUCAGAAGAUGGCAGCGAGUCAUCUGAUUAUUCUUCGGAGUCGGAGAAGUCAGAAAGGCCGGAGAAAAAAAAGAACGUAGUAAAGAAAUCCGAUGACUCGGAGAGUGGGUCUAGCUCACAGGAUUCGGAGAGUGAGGAAGAAUCAGAGAGUGACGAAAGCAAGGAAGAAGACAAGCCUGAAGAGAAGAAGAAAAUUUCAGUUCAGAAAGAAACCAAAAAAGAACCUUCUCAAGAAAAACCUAAGAGCAACCUCGAUCUACUUCUGGAUUUGGAUGAUAUGGCACCAAUGACAUCGAUAAUGACUCCGACUCUUGGGGGAUUCUUGACCCCCAUGAAUCAGCUGCAUCUAAGCGGAGUGACAGAAGUUGGAGCUAGCUUCAUUCCUAAUAAAGCAUCUGAACUGCUUAAUAAAAUCAGCGGAAAGGGGCUGAAAGUCGAAUUCAGGUUCACUAGAUCUCAGCAUCUCGUUAGUUCUGCCAUGACAACCAUUGAAUUAUCGUUUAGAAAUGAGAGCAGUGAACCCAUGAAAGACAUAAAAGUCGGAAACAAGAAUCUUCCCUCCGGUAUGCAGAUGCACGAUUUCUCGCCUAUACAAUUGCUGCCUCCAAACACAUCCUUAUCUUCGACGCUAGGCGUGAAUUUUAAUGAUUCUACGCAGCCUGCUAACUUUAGCAUCGAUUUUUUGAAGGAAGAUGAAAAGUACUCAUCCUCUGUAUCAAUUAGGGCCCCGAUAGGGGAGCUCAUGCGUUCAGUAAUGUUACCUGAAAGUUUGUUCACGGCGGAACAGGCGAAGCUUAAGGGGAUGAAUGAACAUGUAGCAAAAACAGUUUUCUCUGGGAAUAGAAAACUCAUCUCUCAGAAAGUAUUUGAAUCUUCCAACGCAGCUCUCAUUUCUAGUGAAGACAAUAUUCUCAGGUUUGCCGCACAGACUUUGGCUUCUAAGUCCCUGGUAUUGAUAACAAUCAAUAUCACAGAUAACGACAACCUGGAGGUCUGUGUCAACUGUGAAAAAAUGGUCGUAGGAUCAAUGCUUCUCAAUGAUCUGAAGAGUAACUUGAAAUAGUCGGAUCAUACAUUGAUUUGAUUUUGGAAACCUUGAGAGAUUCGCGAAUGCUAAAGGGUACGAUUGUCUUUAAGUUUUUCGUUUUUUUAUUUUUUAGAAAACCGUUUAUUGCUCACAGUUAUUCGUGUAUUUCAUUCCACGUCCAGUAAUGAUAACGAAUAAAUAUAGAUAUAUAUUAUGCUAGUAUAUUAAUAUACAAUACUAUGAAGGUCGCGUCAAAAAAUUUAUCAAAUUAUCAUGUGUAUAAAUAUUAUUAUCGCAUACUGAGUUAUUAUACAUCAUUCGCCUUGGAUUGUAUCCCUUUUCACUUUUUUUUCCUAACUAUUUAUAAUAAAUAUGUCAAUGUUAUCUAUGCACGUUA